AUUUCCAAGAUGGCGAGCGUCGUACAUUUGAGUGCACCAAUAAUCCGAAGAAAUCGGCCUGGAACAAGAGCUGAGGCGAUGUACAGUUGGCCCGAUGAACCUUUUGAGGAAAUGGAUAGCACACUAGCAGUACAACAAUACAUCCAGCAAUUGAUAAAAUCUGAUUUUGAAAAUAUAUCGUUGAUACUGGAACCACCUGAGGGGCAGGACGAGGGUGUGUGGAAAUACGAACAGUUAAGACAGUUUUGUUUACAAUUGAAUGACCUUGCGGUAAAGUUACAGGUUGACUGCUUUCCUGACGUUUGUACUCAGAUGACCGCUACAGAACAGUGGAUAUUUCUCUGUGCCGCUCAUAAAACGCCCAAAGAGUGCCCUGCUUUAGAUUACACAAGGCACACCUUGGAUGGUGCUGCGUCGCUUCUCAACAGUAAUAAAUACUUUCCUAGCAGGGUAACCAUCAAGGAAUCGUCGAUCUCAAAGCUUGGUUCUGUUUGUCGUAGAAUAUACAGGAUAUUUUCCCAUGCUUAUUAUCAUCAUCGCCGGAUUUACGAUGAGUUUGAGGCAGAGACGAAUUUAUGUCGUCGGUUCACCGCGUAUGUUUUAAAGUACGAAUUAAUGGCCCAAGAGAGUCUCAUAGUACCUACGGAUCAGAAUCGUCCGGAAAUUGGAAGUGAAAUGGAAAGUGGUGUUUAACCUCGUGCAUUUUGGUCUUUAAUUUAUUCAUGUAAUACCGAAUCUGUAUAUAGAAUCUGCACGAAUUAGAGGUCUUGCUCGCGUUGGGGCCAAAUUUUCGAAAAUUCUUCCACUCGUGCAGGCUCGUAAUGUCAGCGAUUACCUUCCGUAAAAUUUGGGUCAGAAAUGCAAGAGUUGAGAACGUAGAGUUUCACUGGUGCUACGUCUGUGCAUGAGCCGCUGUACUAAGGUAACACGGAUAAGAUUACUAUAAUAAUAACUAGAAUAAUUAACUAAUAAUUAGGAUAGCUAUACUAAUGCUAUGUUCUUUUUCAAAAAAUAUAAGAUAUCUGGCAAAAUAAAUGCGUAUCAAAUUUUAGGUUUUUUACAAAAAUAACCUUCCGUGUUACAUGUCUGUCCAUGCAUCGAAGCACAAAUAUGAAAUCUUUUAUUCUAUUUUGCUAAUUUAAGUGUUUACUGUGCACAAUUGUAAAAGUAUUACAAUACUGUUUCUCAAUGAUUUACAAAAAAUGGUUGUACACUUUGUAUAUAAAAUAUAAUAUAGCUACUCACUGUAUAUGAGCUAUUCCGCAAUCUGAUUGGUCGAGCUACCCAGCGUACAUCAGCUCGUAUACGGUGCGUAGCAAAACCAAAUAUAUUAUAAAACGAUUAUACCACUCGUCUCGUCGUAUAUGGCUAGCUCAUAUAUGGUUCAUAUAUUACUCGAGCUCGUGGUAUAAUUGUUAAAUAGACCAUGCUGCGUUAAAUAGACCAUGAGCAUAUACAGUAGCAAGUAUAUUUAUCAUUCUGGUCAAAAUUGUGAAUAAACAUACCAAAUUGGUUAGUCUGUCACUGCUUUGACCAGUAAAUAUGACACUAAAAGGAGCGUCUGUGUGAGAUUUCACACUGUCAUUUAAACGACCCAAAUAACAGAUAAAUAUUUCAGUAGCGAUUACAUCCCUGGGGCCGGUUGUUCAAAAGCCGGUUAACGCUAA